CAGAGUAAAGAUGGUAAAAUAUACGUAAGAAAAAGAAAGGUUCCAUUAGCGAAUGCAGAAAGCGACAACAUUAAGGUGUAUGGCAAGGGUGAAGUCCACGAAGCCCAUAUAAAACCUUCUGUUCAAACUGAAAAGUCAAUAGAACAAGAAGAAAAGAAGCCAGAUGUACUUUCAAUAACGAACCAAGAGCUUAUUGCAAAGUUCGUGAAUUUCAUUGAAAAACAAACCGAGUCAAAGAACCCUGACCCGCCAGUGAAAGAAGUUGAGACAAAAGAGAAUGUACAGUUCAUUGAAAAUGUCAAGAAACAACUUCCACCACGAAUGCCAAGAAGAAGAGUGAGAAUAAUGAAGUAA